AUGUCUUCCAACGGCUCUUCCUCUGAGGCUCCUGCCAAGCCGACCCUCACCGAUCGUGAGCUUGAGAUCCUCCAGCACGCUUGGACCUGCAUGAAGUCGCCUCCUGAGAUCGACUACCCCCGCCUGGCCGCUGCCUGCGGCAUGACCAACCCUCGCUCCGCCAGCAACGCCUGGAGCGGCAUCAAGAAGAAGCUCUUCGCUGACAUGCCCGCCCCUGCCGACGAGGAUGGCAAUCCGGUUGCGACUCCUUCCAAGCGCAAGCGCGGCACUCCGGCCAAGAAGAAGGCUGUCUCCGCCGCCGAUGAGGGCGAUGAGCUUGCCAACUCGGACGGCGAGGAGAAGCUCGUCGUCGAGACUCCCAAGAAGAAGCGCAACACGCCUGCCAAGAAGAAAACCGCCGCUGCCACUGUCGUCGCCGCCGGCACCACUGACGGCGAAGUUGCCGAUGGUGAGGAGACCGCCUCUGAGACUCCUGCCAAGAAGAAGCGCACCCCCGCCAAGCGCAAGACUCCCGUCAAGGGCAAGAAGAGCGCCGCCACUGUUGCGGCCGACAACGAGGAGGAGGUCGAGGCUGCCGCCGAUGCUGCCGCUGAGGAUGCCGCUGACCAGGCUCCUGCUGCCGAUGUCGCGAAACUCGACGUCCAGGAUGACGACAAAAAGGAUGUCGACAUGGAGAAGGGUGACAACCCGGAUGAGAUCUAA